CUCUAUGUGUGUGUCGUGACGGAAAGACAUGASCAACAAAACUGACAGGGAAAAUUUUGAUAGUUGGAAAAAAUAUUGGCAAGCAAAUGGUGACCAAGUACCAUGGCAGGUCACUGGACCACAUAAAGGGCUUGUAAACAACAUCACAGCUUUAACAGAUAACAAACCAAAUCGACACGUUCUCGUUCCACUUUGUKGAACAUCAGAUGACUUGAUAUGGCUUGCAGACCAAGGACACACAGUUGUCGGYGUAGAAAUAGUCCGAGAUGCCAUUAAAAUCUUCUUUGACAAGAAUAAACUAGAAUACGAAGUGUCUGCCAUCAACAUCGCUCCUUCUGGUGCCUACAUUUACAAAGCCAAAGAUAAAAAUAUCUCGAUCGUCGAGGUGAACAUUUUUAACUUUCAGAANUCGAUUGCUGGAGAUUUUGAUGCAGUGUGGGAUAGAAGUGCCCUCUUCGCAGUUACAGGAGCUACUAAUUCUAACGAGGAGGAGGUACAACUUGGUAUGAAGUACCUCCAGGUACUCAAAAAUGUCCUUAAACCUGACGGGAGGGUUUUGAUGGAGACGAUUCUUUUUGACGAAGACGAAGCAACUAAAGCCGGUGGUUUGGGUCCUCACCUGCUUUCUGAUGACCAGUUAAAAUCAAUAUGUGGUCAAAGCUGGACUAUGGAAAAGGUUGACUUAAUUUCUAUUAAUGCUGGCGAAAAAUUUCAGAGAAAAGUAUUUGACUAUGACAUUCAUAUAUGCGUGCAUCUCUUGAUUCCAAGCAAGAAUAAUCAAAAGUUUUAAAAGUGAUGGCAAUUAAAUAUUGAAAACAUUUUGUGUUGAUGUUUUUGUACCUAGUAAUCUUUUCCAAGUUUAUUGGUACAUUUCAAAACGAGUCAAAUAAAAAGAAACUAAA